AAAAAAGGUGGAUUUCUGAAGAGUCCUGCAAAAGCAACACAUGCUGCUUUACAUGUUUUAGCGAAAUGACAGUUUAUAAUGGAAAGUUAAACCGAACAAAAUGCUUUUGCACACUUAUGUGUUUUAGUCAUAUUGUGACUUGAUUUUUGCUGAGCACAUAUUAUGGGUCAGACAAGGUUCCUCUUUUGAUAACAACACUGCGUGUUGGAGGUGGUUCCUCUCUGCCGAUGAUUUUUUAUUCUGUGUUCCAAUGCUGUCAUUCUUUCAGUCUUCAAUAAACCACCUGCAAAGCGGAUUGACCUCUUUCGUAACACUUUGAACAAUGAAAACCUCCAGCAAAGCACCUCUUGCAGUUCUGAAGAUGAUCUUUUUUUCAUUAAUAUCAGCACAAAAAGUCAAAGUCUUGCCUUCAGUGACGGGAUACCUCGGCCACGAUGUCACGCUGCCAUGCCAAUUCAUCCUAGGGCCAAGCGAUACCAAGGAUCAGCUUCAGUGGGAGCUCCAACCAGCAGAAGGAAAGAAAAUCAACAUUGUUGUUUCUCAUCACAAAUUCGGAGUUAAUGUUUCAGACUCGUUUCUAAAGGGGAGAGUAGAGAUUAAAGAAGAAUCUCUGAUAAUCCACAAAGUGGAAAUGAGAGAUGAAGGGUCUUACACCUGCAGCAUUACAGCCUUUCCUAGUGGUUCACUUAAAGGGACCACCCAGCUUCAUGUUCAAGAACAGAUGCCGUUAUCCUCCGGGUCGGUGUCUGCUAUAGUGAUUGCUGUCAUUGUGCUGUUAGUGGUCAUUGCAGCCGUUGUUUAUCAGAUCAGAAGAUGUGAUGCUACGGCCAGGCAGCGUGUCUCCAUAGAUACAGGUGGUGCACAGGUGGAUGUGGGCAGACAGUCUUUCAUUGUGAGAGACGAGAAUGUGGUUUAUUCUGACGUCAAGCUCAAACGAUCAAGAGACUCUGCACCUUCACCGGAUGAGAAGCACACAGACGAUGUCACGUACUCCGAGGUCUUUAGUUUGCGCCAGCAACCCAAAUCAGAGGAAAUGUGCGUUUAAGUAAAGACAAAGUUCUCUCUACCUGCAGAGCGAAAA